AUGGACGCGGACGCGUCUUGGGAGGAGUGGUCCGGCUUCACGUCCGGCCUGGCCGCCCUGCCGCUGACGCCGCGGGUGUACUUCGUGCUGGUCCACGUCCGGGGGAGCUGGCCGUGGCUGCAGAUUCUUCCCCUCGUGUACAUGCUCUGCGGCAUGUACUGCUGCUACGCCGUCUGCCCUGUGCUGCUCAACGUCCUGCUCGCCUGGCUCAGCAGGGCCCUCGCCAGCUGGCCCUUUGAGGUCAUAAUCUUGGUCGUGUUCUGCACGGGCAUCGGGGCGUUCCUCGUGCCGUGGGUGCCUGGGCUGACGGUGUACAUCUUCGGGGGCCUCGUGCUGUCCAAGACGUGCUCCUGGGGCGCGGGCCCCGAGACGCGCUUCUGGGUCGGAGCACUCGUGAACAUCGCGGUGGGCCUGCUGCUGAAGCUUGUGGCCUGCGCCGUGCAGCAGAAGUGCAUCGGCGAGCUGCUCGGGAGGAGCCUGUCUGUGCGCCGAGCCGUGGGCGUGCACAAGCCCAUGAUCCGGUGCAUCGAGGCCGAGCUGAGGCAGCCUGGCUGGACGGUCGGCAAGGUUGCUAUCCUCUGCGGCGGGCCGGACUGGCCCACCUCGGUGCUGGCGGGCGUGCUGCGGUUGUCAUUGUGGCAGUGCGAGCUGGGGACCCUGCCCAUCAUAUUCUUCGUGAUCCCGUGCGCCCUCACCGGUUCUUUCUAUUUGAAGAAGGGCUCGAGCCCGAUCUGGAGCAGAGCAGCCAACCUGAUGACGCUCCUGUCGCUCCUGGUCAGCCUGCUGCUGUGGAUGCUCGCGCUGUGGGCCAUUCAGGGGCGCCUGGAGAAGGACCACUUCGAGCUACAGAGGCCUCUGCCUCAGAAUGCAGAGCUGGAGUGGCUGGACUUCCGCGAUGCAGAGGUGGCCCGCAGGUGUGCCGUAGUGUGGGCAGACGUGCCGCGGUUUACCCGCUGGACGUUCGCCCUAGGCGCUGUCAUUCACGUGUUGGUGUGCCACGUGCUGUACUGGAUGAACGAAAGCCUCUUCGGCAAGUUCAGCGUGUCCGACGACAUCGACUCGCUGAAGUGGUACGGGGCCGACGGCGGCUUGUUCAACCUGUGGUCAGUGGCCACGCUCGCGGUGUACGGUGUCUCACUCCUCGCCUACCUUCAGUACAGCGCCUGGCACCGGCUGAGCCAGUCGGAGGCCAGGAAGAGGGCUGCCCAGGAGGUCGAGGCGCGGAGGGAGGCCUGGCUGCAGGACUACGACAGGCGCUGCCUGGAGGCAUCAGACAGUCGCGGCAGGGCCCUGGACGCCUCGCCGCAGGAGACCCGUCGGCCUGGGAGCGCGGUCUGCGACGGCGAGGCCGCUCUGCCGCCCCGCAGCUGGGCCGAGGAGCACGGCACUGCCUCGCCCAGCACGCCACUGGCCCGCAGCCCGAGCGGCACGGGCCGCUCGCACAGCCGAGGCGGCCUCCACCCCGAUCACGCCAGGCCUGACGCGUGGGCGCCGGGACUGAUGGGCGGCACGGCCGGGGGAGGCCCAGCGGAUGAGCGAGAGGAGGCUGGCGGUGCAUGGCAGGAGGAGAGCGGCCGCGCCUGGGAGUCGGAGUCGGAUGGGUCGUCCGCCUCUGGGCUCGAGUGGGCCGCUGGUGACAGCGAGCCCGUCGCCCUGGCCGCAGGCAAGCCGCUCGCCUGGUCGCGCGGCGGGGCCGCAGCGGCAGCCGCCGCGGACAUGCCCCCCCUCGGCGCGGUGUCUGGCAGCACCACUCCGAUGGCUGGGCUGACCGAUGCGCGCCCCGCCCCGCUGGCAGCCUGCCCUGGUCCCGUGCACGCGGACGCGCCGUCCGCAGAGGCCGCCGUGCAAGUUCUGCACGAGGCCUCGCAGCUGCGCCCCGACCCGCUGGCGCGGGCGCCAGACGAGCUUGCGGGCAGCGGUCCGCCGACGCCAGCGGCCGGCGUCCAAGUGUUGCGCCUGGUGGCGCGGUGGCCGAGGCCGCCGGGGCCGGUGCUGGAGCUGGCGCCGCUGGCGCCUCUGGCGCCGACGCCUCCCUGCUCGCCGCCAGCGUCGCCCACAGUGCUGACGAGGGCCUUGUCGCUGGUGGAUCGCAAGGUGGUCCACCAGCAGGCGGAGCCGCGGAAGCAGCUCGGCAGGCUGUACAGGCUGUGA